AUGGAAAGAUGCGGCCGGCAAACAAGGCAGAAGACGGAUGGUCAACACCGUCUGAGACAAGGAGUCGACACGGGUGUCCCUUCGGCUCAUCCGUCGCUCUUCUCAGCUUCUGCCUCCCGAAAUACGUCCGUCGGCGCGCAUUAACACCCAAGCUUUGCGCAUUUGAGCCACAAGCCACGUCUCUGUUUUGCGGCUUGGCCGAGAGCUUACGCUUUUCAAAAGGCGUUGCUUAUUUGUUUCUUCUCUCAAGGUGGGAACCAACGGAAACUCAUCUGUUAUUUUUUGCAGAAAAAGUCAACGCGCAAAAAAAGGCAGUGUUUAUGUAGACACACCAUAAAUUUGAACGUUUCUUGCGCGAAAAAAAAUAAGAACCUUUUUGUAGCCUGUUUUGACCCUCUUCAAAAACUUUAAGGCAAAAGCUGCAGGAAACUUAGCUAUGAAAAUGGAAGGUCUAUUCACACAAAUUGAAACUUUUUGCAUAAAAACAAUUGAUGGUUACAUUUGAAAACGAAAAUGAAAGCAAACCUUUUUUUGAUAACGUUUUGAGAAUAAAUGAUAAAAUUCUUCAGACUUGUCUGGGAAUAAGGAAAAUUUUUUGGAAAAAUGUUUUCAAAAUCAAAGCUGAGCGCAAUUGAAAAUUUAAAGCAAUAGUAGUAGGGCUCAAAAAAGUGGACUACUAACGUACUCGUUCGAAUAAACGCGGCAGAAGGCAUUCGUAAAUAAUUUAGAGAUGCGAUGAAUGGUACAAGGCACGUCUACUAGGAUUAGAAUAAUCGAAUCUGAAGGUAAUUUUUGCCUGGAAAUUAUGGAAAUUCGAUAGCUUUGAAGUGGAAUUACAGUAACCUUUGUUUCAAGAGCUUGAAAAAAAAACGUAAUCGGGUUGUUGAAAAGAAAGAUAAGUUUAAAAGUGAGACUCCAUGAAAAAGCUUGGAAAGUUUUAGAAUCCAGUUUCUGUAAAGUCAUGAAAGUUCGAGAGUAGCAACAGAUGUUUCUCAGUAGAGAAGAAAGAAGUGAGAACUGCGUUUCCACUUAAUUUAGCAAUGGUCGAUCAAGUGUGCUCGGGAAACCAAAGACAUACUUUUUACAAGUAAGACAAGUCCUCGACAAAUGGAAGAUCAAGGCAUCAAAAAAAGUGGGAUGAAUGAAAGUUUUUGUUAAAGAAUUUUUGAUUUUUUUGAAAUUAGUUUUUUUGCGAAAAAAAUAACAAAAAGUGGAUUACUCCAAGAAAGAAGAAGUUUAGCAGUUUGUCUCAGUGAAAGCUUCCAAAAAUUAAAACCUUAAAAAAAUUGAAAAAGAAAUGUUCUUUUUCUCGCUGAUAACUUGAGUUAUGAGAAAAAAAUUGGUAAGAUCAAAUCGAUUCUGAGGAUAAAAAAACUUAAGGUCGAAUUUGAAAAGGAUCAAUGAGAAUUUUUUUCUUGAUUAUUCCCAUAGUUUGGUAAAAAGAAUAUUCGCAAAUUUCUGAAAAAGACAACUUAUAAAAAGUGUUGCGAUAAUCCAGUAAUCCUAGAAAAGUCGCUAAUUACCAAAGCUCUGGAAAAUUUUCGAGUUCGAACAUUUAAAAAAAAAUACAGGAGCAAUUUACAAUUAAAAGUAAGCUUUUUGAAAGCUCAAUUCGCGAAUUUGAACCUCAGUAUUAGUUUUGAAGUCAUCCAAAAGUGAGAAAGAAAAGAAAACCAACCGUUGUGUCGGCCAGGCUGAAGUCUUCGACUGAUGUAUCGGAAAUGUCCGGAAAGGGCAGGAAGAGGUCCUGCAAGUCGGAUAGUGACUAUGAGGAAGAUGAAGCUCUGGGCGACUGUUUCGUGGCGAAAUCAAUCGAAAUCUCGACGAGGAUACGAUCUGGCUGUUUGCAUUGUUGUCAUUGUAUGUACAUGCGGAUCGCACGUGUUGUGUUUAACUGGCGAGUCUAUUUGUGCAAUCUAUUCUCGUUGACAUUGAGGUAG